AGUUCAUCGGAUAUUGAAAAUCAGGAGGAGGAAGAAGGAAGUGGCUUCUGAGAAUGGCGUUGAAGCGGAAGACACCCAAGAGAGCGACAACGACACUGAAAACGACAGUCAGGAGAUAGAAAGUAGUAACCCUGAGACGUCCACCACCUUUCACUCCAAAAGUCCCUGUGAACACUGCGAAAACUCUAAUGUGUACGGGACAUUGAUCAUGAAAUGUCCUAAAUGCCUUUGGCACGAUUACUACAAGAUUUGUCCUAUAUGCGAUCACCAGAUUCCCGAGGGGAGACAUUACAUGAAAGAGGGCUUUCUUCGGUGUCACGAUUGCGGAGCAGUUACACACAAAAACGCGAAGACGUUG